AUGUCAAUUAAUUUUUAGAAAUAAUUAAUACUUUUAUCAUUGUUUAAGUGGUCCAUAGUCAUCUAAAAGAAAUUCAACGCCUAGAAGAAGAUAUAAAUUAGCUUAGACUUAAGCAUAGUGCAACAUAAUAAACAUUUAGCUGACUAUGUUAUUGCUAGUAUAUCUAAAGAAAGAUAAAAAAGAUACAUUCACUAUGCUUAAAAAGAGGAGAUCUUGAAAAAAGAUUUAUCAAAUAGAAAACAAAUGGUUAUUAAUAAAAAUUGUAAUAUGAAUCUAUAAUAAACUUAAAUGAUUGACAUCAAUAAAUAACCUAUUUAAUUAGAUCAUACAUAUACAAAGGAUCAAUCAGAUAUGAUUCUUUAAUAUCCUCCAUAAAGUUAAAUGUUUCUAAAUAAAACGAAUUAAUCAAUUUUAUAGAAUUGGAUUCCAACAUUGCCAUCAGAUGAAAGCAAAUUAAUAGAAAAAAAUAAAAAGAACCUUCACUUUCCAAGAAAUAUUGCAUAUCAUGAUAUUAUUGAUGGAUUAAAUACAAUCUAUGGAUAAGAGAAAAAUAGAAGAUUAUGGCCUGGAUAAGAAGCCUUAUUAAUGGAAACUAUUAGAUUAUAUCUAAGAAAGAUAUUUUUAAAUCCUAAAUUAUUAAUACAUAGUGUACCAUACAUAUUAUAAUAAAUAAUAAAAAUAUAAGAAUUGAUUUGA